GCGGAGCUGACGUAAGCCGGCAGCGUACGGACCCAUCCGUCAUGGCCGAUGGGGGCGGCGAGGCGGGAGCGCGCGCGGUGUCCUCCCCGCCGCUGCGGGGGCUGCAGCUGGUGCAGCAGGGGGCCGAGGCGCGGCUGUACCGGGGACGGUUCCUGGGCCGGCCGGCUGUGGUCAAGCUCCGCUUCCCCAAGCGCUACCGGCACCCGGCGCUGGAGGAGCGGCUGAGCCGGCGGCGGACGGCGCAGGAGGCCCGCUCCUUGCUGCGCUGCCGCCGGGCAGGGAUUUCUGCACCAGCGGUUUACUUUGUGGAUUAUGUCUCCAACUGUAUAUAUCUUGAAGAUAUCGCAGGAUCAACUAUAGUUCGGGAUUAUAUAACAUCUGUACAGCAAAGUGGAAAAGAUACCAGGAACCUCUUUCUCUUAGCAGAAAAGAUAGGUGAGGUUUUGGCACGAAUGCAUGAUGAGGAUCUUGUCCAUGGAGAUCUUACAACUUCCAACAUGCUUUUGCGACCACCAGUAGAAGAGCUGGACCUGGUGCUGAUAGAUUUUGGACUGAGUUUUAUUUCUGGUCUUCCUGAGGAUAAAGGAGUCGAUUUGUAUGUUUUGGAGAAAGCUUUUCUGAGUACUCAUCCAAACACAGACACUCUGUUUGAAGCCCUGCUGAAGAAGUACUCUACUACAUCUAAAAAAUCAAGCCCUGUGAUCAAAAAGCUGGAUGAAGUACGACUAAGGGGAAGAAAGAGAUCCAUGGUUGGAUAGAAGAAAGCAGAGUUUGUGGGAGGGUAGGGGAAAUGUAACUUCCUAUGAUGUGCAAAUGUGCUUAUUUUUAUUAAUUGUUUGGUCUUAUUUAAUAAUUCACCAUUUUGGUAGCCUUCAUUGUCUUAAAAGUGUACAGUAAGUCAGUUUAAUCCAACAUGGUGGUCAUCCUUGUACAGCCAUCUGACAAGUGGCUUAGAGUAACCAAGUUAAAGUGCAGGUGGGAAAGUAACAGCUGAGGUGGGAACAGUUGCUUUUCUUGUCUCCUAACUAUCAGAUCCAUUUUUUUAAAGCAAAAUCCAGUAUUUGUAGUGUUUUUUGCUAUGCAAACAUAGAGCUUGUAUUGUUAGAGCAUUAAAAAUGUUAUAUGCUUAUUGCAGUAAAUUUGGGAAAGUGUAAAUUUCGGCUCGCGCUCAGUUUUCAAAUCAACUUUGUUUCCUUAAGCCAAUAGUCAGUUACAUGAGUAAUAAAAAUGACCAGUUCCUCUGCUGAGGAUCUUUCAGUUAAACAAAAAUGUUGCAACUUUCCAUGCAGAGUUUCUGUAAGACGGAGUGCUUCCAUUCUGACUGUUUAGACCCUCUAAAAUUAAACAAUUUAUCAGAGUAUAGCAACAGCAGAAUGCCAUAGUGGAUCAGAGGUGAGGUCCAUGUACUCUGGUAUCCUAUUUCCAACUCUGGUCAAUAUCAGAUACUUCAGAGGAAAAUAUAUUCCUGGGGGAAUUCUGCACCAAAAAAUUAAAAUUCUGCAUAUUUUAUUUGUCAAAACACAGUAUAAUCAUGCCAUUUUCAAUUAUUUUGGUAAUUGAUUUCAAAAUACCUGUCACGUAUGUCUGUAAUGAUACAGAUGACAAAAAGGAUUCCCCUCAGUAGUAGGGAGUUAAAGAAACCCUUAGGACAACCCAGUUCCUGUUUCUCUGUGAUGCUUUUGUUGGAAGGCUCACACAUGCCAGGAGAAAACUCAGCCCCUCCAAUCUUUUAGUUGAUUCUUGUUUUUUUGCCCUCCCCCCAUAUGGUUACCAUAUUUCAAGUUCCUAAGUAGAGGAUGCUGGCAGGAAGAGGGAGCCGUGGAGUCAGACACUCACAUCCCUUCCCCUCCUGAGUCCAACCGUGGGGCAUUUCCCAGCCCAAAUGUCCACAUCCCCAAAGUCCAGCUGCAUGCUCUACUCCACAUUUUAUUACUGUCUUGCCAGGCAGAGAUGACUUAUACCUCCUGAGUGUGUGUGUGUGUGUGUGUGUUGGGGGGGCACAAUUUAAAGGUUUGGCUGUCCCAGAACAACUCAAGUCAUGCUCCCCCCAGCAGGCCUCUCCCCCUCCUUACCUAAGUCUCCCUUCCUGCAAAGCAGCAGUUCCUCCUUGCAGCUCCAAGCUAUUGCUUCUGCCUAUUUUGCCAGCUGCUGUGCAGGGAGGAGGUCUGGCUGCACCAUGUGACUAAGCGGGGCCAGCAAACCUGAGAACUGCAGCCUGCCUAAGCCUUCUGGGGAGCUGGGCUCUGCUGGACCCUAGCAGUAGGCAGCAGCUCUGCAGUGCCAAUUCUGUGGGAGGGGGAGGGAAGGAAAUAAAAUUCUAUGCAGAACAUUAAUUCCGUGCAAACUCUGUGUUGUGCAAUGGUGCAGAAUUCCCCCAAGAGCCAAAAUGUAAGAAAAAUGCAGUAGGCAGAUGUGAGCUAAUUGGCCCCCCACAUUGUGAUCACUCGCAUCUAAGCCCUGAAGUGCACAUUUGAACAUUAAUUGGGAAUAUGUUUUUAGCAUUGACUAUUAUAACUCUGGAUAUUCUUGUUAUCUGUAUAAAUGUCCAAUUCCUUCUUGAAUGUUAAGUUCUUAGCCUCUGACUUUUGGUGGCAAUCGGUUCUACAGUCUAAUUAUGUAUUUAUUUCCUGUCAUCAGUUUGGACUUGCCACCUUUUGUUCCCUUGUUCCUGUGGUAUGAAAUGGGGAGAGCAGAAACUCCUGAUCUACCAUCUCUAUCCCAGACAUUAUUUUAUACUUUUAUUCCCUGUUUAUGUCCUUUCCAAAAUACAGAAUCUGCAUCUUU